CACUUUUGUGCGGGACUUCGAGAUGUGAAGCGCUUCCAUGAACUGGCUACGCCACCCGAGGAGAAAGCCAUUCUGACCGACAAGCUGACGACCAUGAUUCAGAGAAAGCGGGACUUACUCGACAAGAAAAAUAAUGCCGAGCCCUCGAAGUCUACUGGAGGUACACCUUCUUCUCAGUCCUCUCUUCAAUUUUAGAUAGUGUGUAUCAGUUUGAGUACAACCUUGUUUACUUUAUUUAGUGUGUCCUCUGAGUUGUUCAUUUAAUUCAAGUAUUCACCUUGUUGUAGUUUACAGUUUCGAACCUCUAUGGUGUGUACUAGUGUAAGUCGGAACGAAUCAAGUACGAACAUCCCCUCGAAUAAAGUCAUGUAAGCUGGACGGUCCAUCGACUUUCCAGGUGCCAUGACUAUCGAUGAUAUUUCUGGAAGUGACACGUCGCUGAACAUACCGUUUGUCCAUGGUGAGACUUUUAUAAGUGAAGACGCAGCUCGCGGAUACACCUGGGACUCUUCGAAGAAGCAGGCUCCACAAAGCGGAGGUCAAGUAGUUAAGGCUUCGAAUAGAAUUUAGUACAAAGGAGAUCACUUCUAUUGAACGACGCAUAUUUAUGCUUGAGGCAAGUCUGAGCGAAUGAAUUGACUUUGCACCUCUGUUGGCUUCCUCAGUCUGCGAUCAGUUGUGGAUUAAGUACUCUGGUGAGCAUGCACCUCUAGGCUGAGCACUUUAUGCUUGUCCCGACUGAUGCGAGCAUUCUUUGCUAAGGGCAUCACCCCAAAGAGACCCUAGAGGCUGUAGCAGGCUCUAAUAUAACUAAAAUAAGCUAAUGACGAGAGAUAGUAGCACAUCAGGCUAUGAGCCUGCCUACUAUUUAUUCUUGAGGCAACCAAGAAGAUUUCAUCCAGAGGGACGCCUUUUCAUUCUAAUGAGGGCAGUCCACCACGUAAGUACAUGCUUCUCGUACUCGUUUACAAGCUAAUAUGCAUAAAACCACUGAAUUAUAACUCUUCGACGUUCGUCAUCGUCUAAUGAGGGAGGCGGACAAGUAGAGCAGCCAACUUUGUUUCGACCCUUUGGUGGGUACACGAGCGCUCUACCCUUUCAUCACUUCGUUGCCAUCGAUGCCUCCAGGCUAAACCCAGACUGCGUCGACUCCACUUCGGACCCUUCUCUUAAGGGUUCGCGAUUAGCCCCUCAGGAAUAAAGGCACAACAAACAGUAACACAGGAUCGCCUUUAGGAAAGAAAGGCGAUCCACCUGUUCCUGUAUGUUGUCUUGCCUUUCUCUCCUAUGGGACGAGAAAAGCAGUACUAGAACAAACGGGACAUCACAGAUGAAACGCCAGAGCAACUACCCAACCUCUAAGUCUCGUAAGAAGGUGCACGCAAAUUUAGACGGACGCUACAUGCUUUUAUGCUCUUGGAUGACUAUUUUGCCAAACAAGACUUUUAGCUUCGGUGAGUCUACAUCUUUUACAUUUAUGUACUCGACCACCCUUUCUUUCUUACCAAAACUGCUAAAAAGACCUUCUAGUUCUACAUUGACAACGUAGUUGAAGACGCCGAUCUUAGUCACAUCAAUGUCGAGUUUUAUCAAUCAUCAUAUUCAUUGACAUAGACGUUGUGUACUGAGUUGUAUUCAUUGCUUUGUACUAUUGUUGUACUGGGCUAAUGUGUAAGAUGAAGCUGCUUCAUCUAAUCCGAGUGUACGUAUCUGUAGAGGAGGCUGGCCGCUUCGCCUACACACUGGGAGAGGAAAAGGCACGCGCUGCAGGUGGUAGCUCCACUUUUCAUUGUUGCCUCCCCCUCUUUAUAGUCUAACUAAUUCUGGAAUAUCUCUACUCGUGUAAGUAACUCGUGUAGUAGUUACAUCAAUAUUUAUAACUACAAGUUUUUUUGCUCAGAUAUUACUCAAACUUCUACCACUCUGAAGGUCGACACCAUCUAGGUCUAGAAUACUUCAUCUUCAUUCUCUAUGGAUAUAGUUCUACUAGAUCCAUACAACGAAGAAAACUAGUGCAUUUUUUUGCCCUCUUUUCAGACGAUACGGGGACUGAAUUUGAGCCGAUUUUUCUUUUGGAUAGUGGUGGAGGCCUGA